AAAAGUCAAAAAAUUAUGAAAGAAAAAAUAUAUUGAAAGGGCAAUUUGCGACGACAUUAUUUUCAAAAAUCAAGAAAGACGAAAAAGAAUUACACAAUAAUUUAUGCAACUUGAACGUGUAUUUAAAAUAAGCAUGUGAUUGUGUCCGCCUGCUAUCCGAAUAACGAGACAAUGGAUAGCGGGGACAAAAUUUUGGUGGCCGCGGGGCUGACCGCCGCGGUGGUGGUUGGUGCGUUCGUGCUGUGGGGCCCAGGGGGUGCUCCGAAGAUGCGGAAGCGGCGCGGGCAGAUAGCGGGGCUCCAGAACUUGGGCCGGACGUGCUUCUUGAACACGCUGCUGCAGGCGCUGGCGGCCUGUCCGCUGUUUAUCGACUGGCUGAAGAAGUACGCGAAGGCCGAUAGCCACAACAGCAUGAUUACUACGCUCUACACCGUCAUUGAAGUUGUGAAUGGCACUCACGAGGCGGCCCGCGGCACACCAGUAUGCCCCCUGGGCGUGCUCCAAGCCCUGAGGGCAGCAGGCUGGGUGGUGCCGGCCGACCAGCAGGAUGCACAUGAGUUGCUGCAUGUACUGCUCUCCUGCAUCGAGGAGGAGACCAUUGCCAUGUCCAAGAAGCCGGGCUGCCUUUCCGACGCGCUAGGGCUGGGCGGGGGUCGCGCCUGGUCCGCCUUAGCGUCUCCCGCGUCCCCGCCCGCCGCAGGCCUGGGGGGCGCCCGCGCGGACUCCACUCCCCCCACUCCCUGCACGAUGUCCACGAGGCCGCAGUCUGCAGCCGGGGACGAGCCGGCUCUAGCGGAUCCUGAGCCAGAGGAGGCGGGGCCGCCGCGGCGGCUGGGCAAGGGCGUGUCGCGCUCGUUCUGCCACCUGAGCUCGGCGGGGCGGCGCUGGGUGCCCGCCGCGCCGGCGCGCGCGCAGCCCGCGCCGCCCUUCCGCGGCUCGCUCGCCUCCCGCCUGCAGUGCACCGUGUGCGGCACCAAGAGUCCGAUCCGGUACGACAAAUUUGACAGCAUCUCGCUAUCAAUGGCGAACGCAGCUAUCGGUAACACAGGCACCUACAGUCUAGCCGGGCUACUCCGUGCGUUUACGGCUCCGGAGAUGGUAAAAGGUGUCCGCUGUAACAAAUGCUCUCCCGACACGCCGCUUAACACACAACAUAUCCGUACCGUCAACUUUGGAAAGUUACCAGCCUGCCUCUGUCUACACAUCGGGCGGGUGGAGUGGGCGGGCGGCGCGCUCAGCAAGCGCACGGAGCCCGUGGCCUUCCCCGAGACCGUGGCCAUGGCGCCCUACACGCAGGCGCCGCCGCCCGCGACGGACCUAGUGUCCCUGAUGAGCGGGGGGCGGGUCCGCGCGGCGGCGGCGCAGUCCGAGCAGAGCGAGGGCUCCUCGCGCGCGCUGUACCGCCUGGCGGCCGUCGUGGUGCACGUGGGCGGGCCCCGCUCCGGACACUUCGCCACCUACCGCCGGGGGAACGGGUUCGAAGCCCGCAGAUGGUGGUACACCUCCGACACCCUCGUGCACGAGGUGUCCCUCACGGAGGUCCUGCGCUGCACGGCCUACAUGUUGUUCUACGAACGAGCCCCCACACACACCACGCACACACAGCACACACACGGCGCGCACACGCACGCGCCGAGCACACCAGCGCACACCGCGCAACCAGCGUCGCUUGAUGCGAAUACGCAUCAUAUAUGAUUUGAUGCGAGAUCCUUGUUUGCGCUUCCUAGGUAUUUGUCUGAUCGUUUGAAUUGUAGGCCGCUCGGUCCGUAUUGAGUCAGUUUUUGUUUUUAAUGUGGCGUUAUCAAUGUAAAUGAACCUCUUAGAUGGCUCUUAAUUAAAACCUCGUUGAUAAUGACUUAUCGUCGUUAAGGUCCCUUUAACCACACAGUCCAACACAUAAUAACAUUGCAAAUGAUAGAAAUUUGCCCUGAAAAAAAAUGUUAUAUCCCUGACAAAGUAAUAAAAUUUGUAAAAGAUGUGUAAAAACGCAAAGUCAAAGUCGAAAUAUUCUUUAUUCAAAUAGGCCUAGCAACAAGCACUUUCAAAUUGUCAAGAUUUACAAAUAUUACCUUAAUCUAAAUAUCAGAGCAAUUUAUUGAUGCAGUUAUUAUUAUUCUUAAAAA